GACCCAAAUGAAGAUACAGAAUGGAACGACGUCUUAAGAGAUUUUGGGAUUCUGCCUCCAAAAGAGGAGGUGAAGGAUGAAAUUGAGGAAAUGGUUUUACGUUUACAAAAGGAAGCAGAAGUGAAACCUUAUGAAAAAAUGAAUCUGAAACAACUGAAAGAAGCUGAGGAUGAUUUUGAUGAGGAAGAGUUAAAAGCUGUUGAAAUGUACAGGAAGCAACGCUUAGCAGAAUUAAAAGCUCUACAAAAGAGACAAAAAUUUGGAGAGCUGAAUGAAAUUUCUGGGGAUCAAUAUGUGCGGGAAGUCACAAAUGCGCCAAAGGAUGUGUGGGUUGUCAUCCAUCUGUAUAACACAAGUAUUCCAAUGUGUGCGUUGGUUAACAGACACCUCAGCCUACUGGCCAUAAAAUUUCCAGAAACUAAGUUUGUGAGAGCCAUUGCCAAGAGCUGUAUUGAAAACUAUCAUGAUAAUUGCUUGCCUACAAUAUUUGUCUAUAAGGAUGGUAAAAUUGAAGGCAAGUUAAUUGGAGUUAUGGAGUUUGGCGGAACAGCGCUUACGGUAGAAGAUCUUGAAUGGAAGUUGGCAGAAUUUGGUGCUGUAAAAACAGAUUUAGAAGAAAACCCACGGAAAGGUAUUCGGGACAUGAUGAUGUCCUUGCUUAGAAAGACUUCUAUAGAUGAUAACUAG